AUGCACCGGGCUCGCACUGUUGCGCUAACAACCGAUGAGAUCGUUGAAGUGCGGGCAGCUCAGCGGACUUUUGAAGGAGCCUAUGUCCGGACAGCAUUAUCACAGUUUUCGUUUGCCCUCGUUGUGCUCAAAAUUUUCACUAGCGAGUUCUACAGCACAGGGGCUUUGUUCGCGAUUUACGGCACCGGUGUGCUCAUUAUUGGUCUCUUCCGCCGCCAACAAGGGAAUCGGCAGUUUUUCUCGGAGGUGGGAGAAGAUGGCAUCCAUAGACAUAAGUUUCGAACGAGCGGAAAUGCGGUGGUCGUACUGACGGCUCUGAGCGUCGCCGCAUACGCCACACUGAUUGCUCUCACUCUCAGGCUGGAUAAGUAG